AUGUCUUUUGAGACACCCCCCAAAGCUGACGAGCCACUGAUGAGCGGUGAGGAUAUGUACCACGAGAGUGGUUUGGGAUACAAGUCUUCGAGAUCCACCAAGCGAUUGCAUCUGUGGAAAGUCUUAGUAAUAGUCACUGGAUGCAUGGUAACAUUCGCACUGGGGGUGAUGACGGGCCGGAAUUUGCCAUCAAAUCACCAGGGCAUGCUAGCCCCGGAAGGUAAUAUCGAGGCUAUCAUAGAAUACAAUAGCACCUUCGGCAUGCAUCCAUCCCCGGAAAGUGACGCCGCGUGGGAAUCGUUGUUUCCCAAAUGUAAUGGAGUCAAUCAACAUGAAGUAUAUGCACCUGAAGCUUCAGGGCUGGUUGUCUACCAUAAUCUGCGUUGCUUGAAUACACUUCGUGGUGUGUAUUACGCCAGCUUGGAUGGGAUACACACCCGAGACAUGGCCGAGGAACAUUACCACCUUGACAGCCCGCUUCAUAUCCGCCAUUGCUUCGACUAUCUGAGGCAGAGUUUGAUUUGUUCGGCUGACACGAAUUUAGAGGCCCUGCCGAAGGAUUUCAUGGUGAAUGAGUGGAGAUUUACGCGUACCUGUCGCGAUUUGGAUGCUGUUAAGGCGUGGGCGGAGGAAAAUCUGGGUCACUGA